AUGAAGUCAUUGCUAAUGUCAAAACUAACUGAUGAAGUGAAUUCUUUUUCACAGGUGCCUAAACAGUCUCCUUUCAACAGGUACAUUGUAGCUAUGCGUAAAUGUGGUUUAUCCAGGUUGGCUAAAAAGGCCACUAAAUGGUUUGACGAGACUAAGGCUAAUGGCAAAUCUUUUGAUUAUCGCUUUACAGGGAAGGAUUCUAGGCUGUUUUUGUUACAUUUUAUGUCAUUGAUUUCAGCCACUGAAUGCAGUGCUAAUGCUCAUGGCAGAGGGGCCACAAUUCUCCAUGUUAUUGCUUACAUUUGCCUUUGUUUGAGGGACUGUGUUUCUCUUUUCAGUCGCUUAGAUAUAUCAGAUGAACAGGUGAGUGAACUGAAAACCCUCUGCACAAACUACUUUAGAGCAAAUGCCAUUUUCUUUUAUGUAAAUCCCACAGUCUGGACCAUUGGUCAUCUUGUACCUGCCCACACCAAGUACAUGAAGGGAAAGUAUGGGCUUGGCCUUGGUCUCAACACCAUGGAAGGGCGAGAGGCCAAGCAUGUGUUCAUAUCAAAGUAUAGUCAGAAUACGAUGUUUCACUCCAGAUGGGAACAGAUCUCUCUCCACGAAUUUGUUUCCUUUUUGUGGUUGAGAGAAAGAGGUUACAAUUGUUCUAAUGUAAAUUCUUCCACCCUGUCUUAUAUUCCGAAGCAGGUGAUCAAUUCAGACCCAGCAUUCUGUUAUUGUGGGCUUCAGGAGAAAAAGUCAACAGAUGGAAAAUGCAGAGUGUGCUCUAACAAUUUGCGGACCAAAAUUGUGUCAAGCGUUAAGAAGGGAGAGAACUUGCUUUAG